AUGAUGGAAGGGAACAAACUACCAAGUAUGGCGAGCAUAUCAGCUGGCCAGUUGAAUUUGAAGCUUCAUAAUUCAGAGCACGAAGACCUCACGCGAAUCCACAGAGAGAAUUCUUCCAACUCCGAAGGUCCGAACCAGACGAGCCACCUAUUGAGCCCCACCAGCGCUCAAACAGUAGUCACAGUAGAGCAGAGCACAAUGCCCAUCCAGGCAGCAGAAGCGACGGGCAUUCCCGGCCCAUUAUCUUCGCAGUAUGAGAAUUUCGGCGGCCUAGAGUUUAGUCGAGAAGAUGACAAUGGCUUCUUUGUUGAUCAUAUUUAUAGCCAGGAUUACAGACGAGCAGAUCAACUUCACAGUACUCCAACUCAAUACAGUUCGCCCCACGACGACUCCAAAUCCAUCUCUCCCGGUGUCAAUACGCACUUAUCCGCCCAAUCAGUGGCAAUCAAACAGGAACAGUUCCUCACCCCCGACUAUGGAGUCUACUCGACCACCACUCAUACGCCUCCCACACCGACGAGCACGAUGGUCAGUUCCUCGGUAAUUCCAGUCUCCUCCGUGUCUCAAAUCCCCACGCCGACAAAAUCCGAUGUCAGCUCUUCUGUAAGCCACAACGGCUUAACCUCAAGCACACCUUACAUCGACCAGCAAGGUUACUACUCUUACCCGAGCGCUCAGGCUGCAUCCGGCCAGACAGCAGCGUAUAGCCAGCAGUUCACUGACGAAGCUGGCCUCGCAUAUGGCCAAACGGCGAUCGACAACUCCUACUACGCCACUGCCGCUGGCUACGAUCUUUCAAACCUCCAGUAUCUCAACUACAACUACAGAACGAACAAUCACGCCUCCCACCGAAUGAUCAUGCACGCCCAGGCCAUGGGACUCCAGUCAAUGGGAAUGGUCCCAAUGAUCAACGGCGGCGCCAUCCCAAGACCCAACAACGAAGGACUCUGCGCAGUUUGUGGCGACUCAGCCGCCUGUCAGCAUUAUGGCGUUCGCACCUGCGAGGGAUGCAAAGGCUUCUUCAAGAGAACGGUGCAGAAGAACGCGAAAUAUGUCUGUCUGGCGAAUAAAAAUUGCCCGAUCGAUAAGAGGAGGAGAAAUAGAUGCCAAUACUGUAGAUAUCAGAAGUGCCUCGCUGUUGGAAUGGUGAAAGAAGUGGUGCGGACAGACAACUUGCGAGGACGGCGAGGUCGGCUUCCUUCAAAGCCAAAAGGACCACAAGACCCAGUGGCUCCUCCAUCGCCGCCAGUAAACUGGAUCACUCACUUAGUCAGAGCGCUAGUCGACACGUCGCCAGUGCUCUCCAGUACUGAUUUCUCACAGUAUAACGCUAUGCUUGACGUAGAUCUGCCUCACAGCGGGUCGGGGCUCGAGCAGGCGCGCAGCAUUCAUCACGCUCUUCUAUUAUCCCUGGAAGUGAUCCGUCAGUGGGCGGAGAAGAUUCCCGGCUAUUCGGACUUGAAUAAGGACGACGGAAACCAAAUCCUCGAGACUGCUUUCCUUCAAUUAUUCGUCGCCAAGCUGGCCUACCGUUCCGAACCUAACGAAGGCAAAUUCAUCCUCUGCCACGGGGUCGCUCUCCAUCGCAACCAGCUACUUCCUUCUUUCGACAACUGGAUUGAUACGAUCCACCAGUUUAGCUCGCAAGUCCAUGGGGUGAAUAUUGACAUCUCCGCGUUUGCCUGUCUUUGUGGCUUGCUGCUUUUCAGGACGCAAGGUCUGGAAUUGAAAGAGCCGCAGAAAGUGGAAGAAAUGCGAUUAAAAACACUCGCCGCUCUGCACAGCCACUGCGCCACAUCUUCCGUGGCAGCCGACCGACCGAAUUAUUUCCAAAAGAUUCUCCAGCAGCUUCCAGACAUUCAGAACGCCGCCCUUCCUGGUGCUCUCCGUCUCGGCUAUUUCAAACGGGAGGGACUUAUCAGUCCGACUCCGACGCUCGACCGCAUCUUGCUGAACGUCGGAUCCGAAAUUACCGCCACCGACAUGUCGAAAAUGUCCCAAUACGCAGAUGCCAAGGCCUUGUCGACGACGCCGAUAGUCUUGCCCGAGAUUCCAGUGGCAGACGCUAGUUUAACUAUCAGCUGCCAUAGUUGA